UGUUUAGGCAGCACCCUGUGCCUCUGAGAGCAGUUGGUAGAGGGUAGGGCCAGGUAGGUACAGGUUUCCUGAUCCACUUUCAACCCCUGAAGAAGAGAUCAGUCCCCUGAAAAUGACAAGCAUGUUGUCUGGCGCUGAGUCAUCAGACCGAAUGGAGAACUCACCCAGUGUCAGCAACAGAACUGGGGUCCUUUGAGCCCUGCACCCAGCUAACCAUGGAACAGGUCGGCCUGGGCCACCAGCCCCUUAGGUGAGGACUCCACCGGGGGCUCCCCUGACCAUUCCAAACAUGGAGGCCAAGAGGACCCUUCCAGCCAGGGCAUCUGCUUGUUGAAAGUGGUCCAGCGCCGCUCCUCUGUGAGCUGUCUUCAGGAGAGGUGCUGUCCCGUGGCCCAGGAGCGGGGGCACGCAGCCUCCGCGGAUGGGGAGGUGGGCCCUUGACGUGGCCUUUGUGUGGAAGGCAGUGUUGACCCUGGGGCUGGUCCUUCUCUACUACUGCUUCUCCAUCGGCAUCACCUUCUACAACAAAUGGCUGACGAAGAGCUUUCACUUCCCUCUCUUCAUGACGAUGCUGCACCUGGCCGUGAUCUUCCUCUUCUCCGCCCUGUCCAGGGCGCUGGUUCAGUGCUCCAGCCACAGGGCCCGMGUGGUGCUGAGCUGGACCGACUACCUCAAAAGAGUGGCCCCCACAGCACUGGCAACAGCACUUGACGUGGGCUUGUCCAACUGGAGCUUCCUCUACAUCACCGUCUCGCUGUACACAAUGACCAAGUCCUCGGCUGUGCUAUUCAUCUUGAUCUUCUCUCUGAUCUUCAAGCUGGAGGAGCUGCGUGCGGCCCUGGUCCUGGUGGUCCUCCUCAUCGCUGGGGGCCUCUUCAUGUUCACCUACAAGUCCACCCAGUUCAACGUGAAGGGCUUCUCCCUGGUGCUGGGGGCCUCGUUCAUCGGUGGAAUUCGCUGGACCCUCACCCAGAUGCUCCUGCAGAAGGCUGAGCUGGGCCUCCAGAACCCCAUCGACACCAUGUUCCACCUGCAGCCACUCAUGUUUCUGGGGCUCUUCCCUCUGUUUGCCAUAUUUGAAGGUCUGCACUUGUCCACAUCUGAGAAAAUCUUCCGCUUCCAGGACACAGGGCUGCUCCUGCGGGUACUUGGGAGUCUCUUCCUUGGCGGGAUUCUUGCCUUCGGUUUGGGUUUCUCGGAGUUCCUCCUGGUUUCCCGAACCUCCAGCCUCACUCUCUCCAUUGCUGGCAUUUUUAAGGAAGUCUGCACUUUGCUGCUGGCAGCUCACCUGCUGGGCGAUCAGAUCAGCCUCCUGAACUGGCUAGGCUUCGCCCUCUGCCUCUCGGGAAUAUCUCUGCACGUGGCCCUCAAAACUCUACACUCUAGAGGUGAAGGUGGAUCCAGACCCUUGAAGGGGCUGAGCUCCAGCCCUGACCUGGAGCUGCUGCUCCGGAGCAGCCAGCCAGAGGAUGAGGACAACGAGGAGGAAGACUACUUCAUGGCCCAGGGGCAGCAGUGAGGGGCCAGCGGAGCAACUUGGGUGCAGGCUGCUCUGUGACCAGCGCUGCUCUGAGCAUUUGGCAGAAGCCCAGGGCCCUGUGGCUCUUCACAGCAGCUGGGAGCAGUGGCCUGAGAGUCACCUGUGGCGGGCUAGAUCAGGGGCGUGUGGCUCCUACCCCUCCCUCAGAGCUUGGUCAACAGGGUGACACCAGGCCAGCCUCGGCCUGGCUGGAGCUCGCCCACGCUGCGCUGGGAUCCUGGUGGAGAAGAAAGUGGUGGGUCCUUCUAGGCCCUUGGCCAGGCCCUGCCCAAGACUGAUGUCAGAAGCACAGCGGCCUUCUAGGGGGGCUGACUUUGGACUGCAGGGCAGUGGGGGUGUGACAGUGUUGGGCCUCGGCACCUGGACUGCAUCUUUCUCAGCAGAUCUAUUUAUAGUUUGGAAAUAAAUGGGUUUAUGGUCCAGUGGCCACUCACAUUGCCUAGGGGAGUGGGGGCAGGGAGGGCUGUGAAGGCCUGACCCCACCUUCUCUGUCCCUGCUGGGGCCUUCCCUAAGUGACCAGGCCCAUCCUGGCCUCCUGCAUCUCCUCCUUGCCCCUCUGCAGGGCCCCCCCAUACCUGCAGGCAGAGAAUAAAUGAGUAU